UCCUCCCCUCCUCUCGUCUGCUUCCUUCCUUCCUUCCCUCCUUCUUUCCUUUUUAUUCUCGUCUCGUCGCUUCUUUUGAUUGGUGUUUGCCUGCCCUUUUCCGCGCGCCUCGGUUCCGAUGCGGGGCGACCGGUGUUUCCAUUUCGGGGUGGCGGCCGCCCGCCCGCCGGGUUUCUUCUAUGGAUAAGUGGCAAGCAAGCAAGAGGCUUAUCCGAAUUCCACCGGGCUGGGCUGGGCUGUGUUGGGGGAGUGGAGAGCGAGUUGUGCGGGGAUCUCGCUUGCGCGGCGUCGGGGAGGAAAGUCACGGUUGCUGUUGCCGGCGCCGCCGCAGAUUAGGGCUCCAAGUUGACCGGCGAGGCGACGAUAGUAUCUGCCUCUGCUUUGCUCCAACGGCAGCGGCGGGCGCCGGAGAAUUUCCCGUCUCUUCUCCUCGGCUCAGUUGCACCCGUCCAGCUGGGACGUAUCUACAGUUCUACUCUAGCCAGAACAUCUCCUCUUUUUACUCUUCUGCUGUGUGUUCCAUUGAUUGAUUCAAGUUCGUGCGUGUCAACCUGUCAAUGGAUUGUAAUCCAGUAGCACAGUACGACUACUGUGCCGUGAACCUCACCGGAGGCUACUUUGAGAAAAGUCGUUGGCUGGAAGAAGCUGUGAUGAGUGGCAUGGGAUCGCGGCCGGGAGAGAGCAACCUGGUGGAGCCGAGAGGGCUGCCGUCCGGCAUGCCGAUGCAGCCGUGGUGGACGGGGACAGGGUUCGGGGCCGUCGUGGCGCCGGCAAGCGGGGCGGGGAUCAGCCUGUCGAGCAACCCGCUGGGCGGCGGCGCGGCCAAGGGCGCGACGACGCAGGGGAAGAAGACGGUCGACGACGACGACGCGCGGGCCGAGAGCAGCGACGACGACUCACCGAGAUCAGGGGAACCAAAAGACGGAAGCUUUGAUGAAGAGAAGCAGCAUGCCACAUCCCGGAUGCCCGCUUUGGCGUCAGACUAUUUACCACCAUACUCACAGCUGGAACUAAACCAACCGAUCGCCUCGGCAGCGUACCCGUACCCAGACGCUUACUACACAGGCAUGGUCGGCCCCUACGAAGUUCACGCAGUGACUCACUUCCAGCUACCCGGACUGACGCACCCUCGCAUGCCGCUGCCCCUGGAAGUGUCGGAGGAGCCCGUGUACGUGAACGCCAAGCAGUACCACGGCAUUCUCAGACGCAGGCAGUCGCGCGCCAAGGCCGAGCUCGAGAGGAAGGCGAUCAAGGCCAGGAAGCCUUACCUCCACGAGUCCCGGCACCAGCACGCGAUGCGGCGGGCGAGGGGCACCGGCGGCCGGUUCCUGAACACGAAGAAGGACGAGAACGGCGGCAGAACCGAGGCGAGCAAGGGCGAGCAGAGCUCCGAGUACCUCCGGGUGCCGCCGGACCUGCACCUCCGUCAGGCGUGAAGUGGCACCUUGAUGCAACCUAGAACAGCGGCUUCUUCUUCUGCCCGCCGGCGUACGGCGCCCUGAGGGCGGAUCUCCGUCCGUCAUGGCGUCCGGUUCCCGUGGGUCGGGCAGGGUCUGCUGCUGUCUCCAGGCAAUUCAUUCUUGGCUUUCGCAUUCUGUCACCCCUGUCGUUGUCCUUGUGUGAACUAGGCUGUGCUGCGUCCUCUGCGGGGCGCGUGUAAGAUUGAUGAUUGACUCGGGAUCGAUAGCGCUUGUUUGUACGUACUGCGGUAGAGUGGGAUUUGGUUCGCUUUUGAAAAUUACUGUAUUAGGUAGUGUAACAAAUUAUGGGCGGUGCAGGGCUGAACCUCGAUGUGCAGAGAACAGAACUGGUCUCAGCAUCCUUCAGUGUCGGUGUGCUUCUCGUGCACAAGCAGGAAGACUGUCUCGAAACUUUCA